GCUGCACUACUGCUCCAAUCACCAGUCGGCUAGGAGUGCAGUUUUGAUGUAAAAGCAUUUUCUACUACCAAAUUGUUUGUUGUGGUUACGUGUGUGCAAAUUUAAAGUAGUUAAAGGCAAAUUACUUUACAUUAGUUCUAUUCGGAAAAAAAGUUAAAUAGUGUCAGCAUAUUUCGUGUCCUCAGAAAAAAGGAGGUCAAUAAAAAUCAGUUCCAAUCUAGGUGCUUACGAGUGAAAGUUUUAUUACAUUGUGGUAACACAGGAGCAAACAAGUAAAAAUGGCUACCAAGUCCUCGUCGGCCACGUUCGGACUCCAUGCUCGGUCCUUUUCGGCCAAGAGAGCGAUUAAAAGUGCUCCCAGUAUACGACCAGUUCCAGCAUUUUCGAUCGAGUCACUGCAGAAGAACACAUUCGUGAUGGGCCCUCCCAAGGCGCAAAAACAUAAAUACAUGAUACAACCGAAGGCGACCUCUUUCCGGAUGUACUACGACCGAGGGGAUCUGCCCAUCAAAAUGGAAUACCUGACUGGUGGUGACAAAAUUGCCUGGACGGUCGACAUCGACAAGCUGGACUACGGCCUCUAUCUGCCGCUGUUCUUCGACGGUCUAUCGGAAACGCGUCAUCCGUACAAAACCUACGCCCGGCAGGGUGUGCAAGACCUUCUGUCCCAUGGUGGCGAUAAAAUAUAUCCCGUCAUACCGCAGCUAGUAAUACCGAUCAAAAAUGCCCUUAACACGCGUAAUAUCGAGGUCAUGUGCGUUACUUUGAAAAUCAUCCAACAGCUUGUGAUGGCGUCUGAUUUGGUUGGUCCUGCCCUGGUGCCCUUCUACCGUCAGUUACUGCCGAUGUUUAACGCUUACAAAGUCAGAAACAUAAAUUCCGGCGAUGCGAUCGACUAUGGCCAGAAGAACAACAUGAACGUGGGAGACCUGAUUGACGAGACCCUUCAGGUGCUGGAACGUCACGGCGGCGAGGAUGCCUUCAUCAACAUCAAGUAUAUGGUUCCCACGUACGAGUCGUGCUAUUUGAACUAGGAUGAUUAGGGCAACAGGCAAGGGGUUUAUUGGGCGGAACGACUCAUACCCAAAAACCGCUUCGAUGCAGUGUAGAGUGGUUCAAACCCGGUUCGACUAAUGAUGGCGGCAUUUGGUCGCGCUUGAACCAGUGAUGCUGCGUAACGCAAUAGGAAAGAAGGCAAGUUGAUUUUCAUUCACCUGGUGGCAGUCGGUUGUAGCUAGAAAAGUGCCAAAUUAGUAAAGUAAACUAGCUUCGGAGGCUGCUGGCAGGAUAGUCUGCCAGAUGCAAAUGGAAAUACCGUCAUCUCAUAAUUAGAAAAUAAUUAGCUUUGGUGGAAAGUGAAAACAAAAAUUACAGCUGAUUAAUUACUGAGACUAAUGAUAACACUAAACCAAUUCGCUUGUUUUUUCAUGUUAGCACGUUUUUGAAACUCACCUUAACUAUUCUAAAAAAUGCUAAGUUUGUUGUAGCUGGGAAUCAGUUACUGUUGAUUAAUGUCGAUGACAUAUUAAAUUAUGUUGCCUCAAAACUAGCUAGAUUAGUAACUGUAAUACUGAAUUAAAGCAAUACUAAUUUAACUUAUGCGAAGGCUUAGUAUGAUUGAGUAGAAAAGAUGAUUAUUACAUAUUGGUGAGUUCAAAAUUUUACGAAGGAACUCUUUCAAAACCUUUUUUUUUGGGUUGCGGAAAUGUAAUAUGUCAUAUAUUAAAAUGUACCAACGGACUCUUUUAAUGUAGAUAAAAAAUGGAUUAAACUACUUGAAAGUAAAUAUAUUUGUUUCGCUUAGCUCUAAAAUUUCUCUGUACCUUUACAUGAUCCGAUUUUAUUUCUAUUUGUUGUAGAACGUGUCGUUAGGAUUUUUUUUGCACAUGAAUCCAUGACAACCCACUUUAAAGAUAUUCGUACCUUCGAGAAUUUAUUUACAUUUUUCAGGUAUUAGGUUACCAUAUUUACGCAUGUGAGAGAACUAUUCAAACAAAGAAACUUAUUCGGUUUUCCUUCUCUCUUUGGAACAAUUUUUUUCUUUUUCUUGCCAGUUACAAGAUGUUAAAUGAAAUAAAUUGGUUGAUAUAAUAGAAAUUUGAUAAAAUACAUAAAUUUUGUUUCACAUAUCUAUUACCCUUUGUUGAAGCAGAAGGUGACUUUUGCGAUUUCCACUUUGGCAAUAGACUAGCGCCAAUAACAAAUGGCGACCGGAAAUUGAACAUAUCGAGUGAUGGCUUUAUUGCAGCGGAAACGUAAGACAAUAAACGAAAGGCCACUAUGCUGUUGCUGCUGCCCCCACCAUCGGACUUUCUUCGUUAAUUUUCACUAAUGGUUUUUCCGGCCACGAAAUAUCGAUUAGGAUGUGGUGAAAUUUCAAUUAAGUUAGGUAAACAUUUGACUAGCUAGCUUACGGCUGUGUGCCGCGGGUGUAUGGGAAUGUGGAAAGUUAGGACGAGUGCAAAAUUUAUUUACUUUUUGUUUGGUCGACGUCGCGUGUCCGGGAACUUUUAAUUUAUGAUAGCAUCAGGUUGAUAUUUUUUUAAUUAGAUUUCUUUGUUUUCUGUACCGGUUGAAGGUAGUUAGUCUGUUUGUUUUUUAUGUGAUUGGUGAUCGAUUAGUUUAUUCAGGGUGGAAAAGUCGGUAGUCGGCAUGCAGCAGUUCCACGUUGUAAGUAACUCUAAAAGGAAAACAUUAACAGUAAUUCACUGUAGCGAUUUACGGAUUAUCCAUCUUCUGCUCAGUACAUACACGAGAGAACGUACCAUUCAGGCUGGCUACGGCUUUUACGGUUCAGCGUAGACGCAAAGGAGAUGAUGGCCUGAUCAGUUUUUCUUUUUCAUCAAUCCACUCUUCUCACCCUCCUGCCUCCGUUUAACCCUGGAAGCUGUGGAAAUGUGCCAUGUUAUGACCGGCUUGUUCCAAAUACUGACAGCACAGCUCGUUGAAAGCUUUCGGGCCGCACAGGCAAACGUAGGUCGCGUACAGCGGGGAAUCGACGUUGGUGAGCCGUUGUGCGAUUUCGAUUGAUAUUCGUCCUGACGCCAGCUUUACACUCCGGUGGCUGGUGGACGGCGGAGUUGAGGAGGGGGAGGAGUUUGUAUCGUUUGCCAUCGUGUCCGGUGCAGUUGAUCCAUCCGAAGACUCGUCCACUAGAUUUGACGGUUGUACUGGCUCGACUGGGGAUGACGCCGAAAGGAAGUGAAGCACAGUCAGCCUGGACGGACGGAUGCAGAUCCCGGAUCGGUGCGAUGAUUGACGUGGGAUGAACGGUGUGCGUGAAAAGAGCAAUAAAUAAACGUUAUUGUAGCGUUGUUGAAAGCGGGUGAAUCUGUGCUUUUGCAGGAUAUACCAGGGAAUAGGUUUUGUGCGGUUUCUUUCUCAUAUUGCUUGUAGUAUGAUAUACUUUGUUUGUUGUCAUAUCCUGCUGAGAUUGAAAAGUACCGCGCGGCUAAAAACUCAAAACCAAGCUCAAACUCAAGCGAAAUUUAGGAAGUUUAUGCAGGAAAAUAAGAGUUUAUUAGAAUUUACGAACCAAUACAAAGAACAGAUGCCAGAAAUCGAUUUUUUUUGCAAAAGAAAGCAAAUAGAACGAAAAUUAUUUAGAAAGGUAAAAAAUAAUAAAAGAAAUAAUUGCAUAAAAAAUCAGUGUGAACAUGCAAGAGUAUGAAAUUGAAUAAAUAUCUUGAAAAUAUUACACAAAAACAAAUUUCAGAAGAAUAUCUUAUGUAUCAAAAAUUAAAUAAAUGUUGUAAUAAUUUAUUGUAAUAAACAUGAACUAAUAAAUGAAUGUCAAUAAAUAGAAAUAUAAGAAAACGCCAAAAAAAAAAAAAACUUCGUAAAAGUUUUAAAAUGUCAAAGAAGGUCCAAAAUUUGGGAAAACUAACAUGUCAAUAUGUUGAAGUCGAAAAAUUAGAAAUAUGGGUCAUUCCAUACGAAGUGUACAUGCCACUUAGACACGACCAUCACAGAUUUUGUUCAAAGUUGGGGGAAUUAUUCUUCUACUGUCUCUUUGGAAAAAUUCCAAUUUUGGUAUCGAUUUGAAUACCCCCCGCUCUCCAGGACCCCCCUCUUUAUUGCAAAGUCGCGCAAUUUUUGUC